GGACGUACAGUGACCUCUGCUGUACAGAUAAACUUGAAUGSCUCGUUCAUGUCUUUUCUCUGACGUGUUCGCUCGUUUUACGACGGUGUGCUUACACAAUGGCAAUUUCCGUCAGUUUGACUUGCAGUCAGCGACCGCGUUGAACUUUCUCCCUUUUUUUGUUUCCAGUACAGGUUAAAACGGCUUUUUCCGCUUCACUUUGAAACCUUACUUGACACCGAUGCUGAUUACCAGACAUAAAGAGAGAGUACUUGAUGAGAUAGGCACGGGUUGUACUUGUUUUAUUUGAACUAAAGUCCGAAACUAGCGCGAGGCCCAGCGGAGAGGGAGAUCCAGGAUCCGAAAAGUUUGUUGUUGUCACGUGACGUAAGAGACGAAUGUGGCGAUAAAAGUUUGUUUAGACUGUAAAACUAGUUGGCGUGCUACAUUUUUUCCAGAACAUUUUGAACACUGUUUCACUACAAUGCCUCAACACAAAUAUCGAAAGAUCGCUGUUAUAGGUUACCGGUCCGUAGGAAAGUCAUCUCUUACAAUACAGUUUGUAGAAGGACAAUUUGUUGACUCCUACGACCCCACCAUUGAAAACACCUUUAACAAAAUGGUUAAUGUGAAUGGUCAAGACUUCAAUCUUCAGCUAGUUGAUACAGCUGGACAAGAUGAGUACUCAAUUUUCCCACAAUCCCACUCAAUGGACAUCCAUGGCUAUGUCCUUGUCUAUUCAGUGACUUCUAUGAAAAGUUUUGAAGUUGUGCAGGUUCUACAUGACAAGCUGCUAGACAUGGUUGGGAAGAUUCAGGUCCCAACUGUUCUUGUAGGAAACAAAAAAGAUCUUCACAUGGAAAGGGUUAUCAAGCCAGAGGAGGGGAAAAAACUUGCUGAUUCCUGGGGUGCUGCGUUCAUGGAGUCUUCAGCCAAGGAGAACGAGACUGCUGUGGAGGUUUUCAAGAGAAUCAUUUUGGAGAUGGAGAAGGCUGAUGGGAACGCGCCUCCAGAAGAGAAGAAGUGCGCAGUGAUGUAAAAGUCGACUCAGUAAGCUAUUUUACUGGAGAAAGGCGGCACAACUUCACCAGCUUACCAAUUGUGACCUCACCGAUGCCAAGAUGCUGCAGUGGAACCUUUCUCCUCCAUUGUGAUAUCAGAUUGAUUUAAAAAGGCGAAACAGCUGUCCAGACAAUUGAUACCAAAUGCAACUACUUGUAACCACGGGAAAAUGUUUCUAGAGCAGAUUUUCUAUCUCUCAGCCAAAAAACAUCAUAAGUGAAGAGUUUUCUUAAAAAUAAAUUAAAAUAUAAUCUGAAAAAAUUA